AUAAACUCGCACGACGGACAACAACUUAAAAUUUCUCCCCCAUCCCGAGGCAGAUUUCGUCCCGUCAAGCGUGGCUAAUCAAGGUACCAAAAGUUGAAGUUUCAAUUCAAGGAAAAUGAGCAGCUCGGAGGAGGUAUCAUGGAUUUCAUGGUUCUGUGGGCUUCGAGGGAACGAAUUCUAUUGCGAGGUUGACGAAGACUAUAUAAACGAUAAAUUCAACUUGACGGGACUUAAUGAACAAGUGCCCCAUUAUAGGCAAUCGCUAGAUAUGAUCCUAGAUUUGGAACCUGAUGAUGACCUUGAUGAUAAUCCAAACCAAUCUGACUUAGUUGAACAAGCUUCAGAAAUACUCUAUGGAUUGAUUCACGCACGGUACAUUCUAACAAAUAGAGGAAUUGGCCAGAUGUUAGAAAAAUUCCAAGCUGGUGACUUUGGGCACUGUCCACGAGUUUACUGUGAAUGCCAAACUAUGCUUCCUAUUGGACUGUCAGAUGUGCCCGGCGAGGCGAUGGUGAAGCUGUACUGUCCACGCUGCAUGGACGUGUAUACGCCCAAGUCCUCGCGGCACCACCACACCGACGGCGCUUUCUUCGGCACCGGCUUCCCUCACAUGGUGUUCAUGGUGCACCCGGAGUACCGACCCAAGCGCCCCGCCUCACAGUUUGUGCCCAGGUUGUACGGCUUCAAGAUCCACCCGCUCGCCUACCAGAUCCAACAGCAGGCGGCGGCUAACUUCAAAGCGCCGCUUCGGACGCUCUCGUACAACAACGAGACGAAGACAUCGAGUAACAUUCCAAAAUGAUUGUAAGCCCACUGACGUGCUGCAAGCCUCAGCACAGGGCGUGACGGACUGUGGUGCUUGACUGUUUGCGAUACAAGCUUAACUCUCGUACAUAAUAUUUAUUUAGAUUACUGUUGGUAUCCGUUGCGCUCCCAGUAGAUAUCACCUGUUUCAUUACUAGUAAACUGCUGCUAUAAAUACUGUAAUAAAUCGGCAUACUCAAUUCGGUAUAUUAACCUCCGUAAGAGAUUAGUUCGCUCACAAUCGAAGCGUCGUUUUCGAGUAUGGAAAAACUUGACCGAAACCGGAGUGAAAUGAAUCUUAUUUGAAUUUUAUUAAAGUUCUAAUUUGUCUACAUCUCUUUAGCUCGGAUUUUUGAGAGAACGUUUGUAUAACAAAAAUCAAGAGUGCAUGAUUUGCCACUGUAAAGCGUUCGACAUAAGGUCAAUUUUACUUUGGCGAUACAGAGAUUUAUAUGCGAAACACACUCGCACACGUACAGUACGUUGUUCGCAUAAAGAGCGCAUCUAGUGACGAUAUUGUUUCUCAGUACGCGAUCGAUUCCUUACAAAUCUUUAACGAGAUUGAAUAGGUAGACAUAGCGUAGGUAGAAAUUCUAGUUCCCUCUAUUCUUAUUUACUAGAUUAUAUAACGUAUGGUCCCAUUUUCUUAUCUGAAAAAAGCAGAACAAAGCAAUAUUGCGUUUUAACUUUUAAGGAGUUUUUAAAUUCAGAAAUAUCUAAAUGGAAUGCAACUGAGAUCAAUCAUUAAUCUAAUAUUUAUUAGUUACUUCUGAUGGUCGGCGCUAACCGAACGGCACGUAGGAUCGCAUGCACUUUCGUUUAGGACCUAUACCUGUCAUGUACAAAGUAAUAUAUGCGCACGACAAAGGUCCUAUGGGGGACAAUAAUAUCACAGGUGGUAACUACAGUCUCUGCACGCAGUAAGGUAUUUUGACAUCCUUAAUAACAUCAGGAAUCUAAAUUUCACACUCUAAAUUUAUAAUAUUAAAAUCUAAUCCAAAAUUUUCAGACGACUGAUGGAACUCAGUAGUGCAAUCCUUUUCCUACUUUUCUGUAUAAACGAGUGUAGCACUUCAAAAUUUUAUCUGGCGUCUCAAGAUUUUGGAGUACAUUUAAUGUAAGGGUUUCCUUUGCCUACUCUGCAGAGUGAGGAUGGCUCUACUAUCUUUAUGAACUGGCAUAUAUACAUAUAUGUACUAGUAUAAUAAAUUAUACUAGUACAUAUAUGUAUAUUCAAUAUUGAAAUAGUAUUACCUAAAGUUUGUUGCAGUCUGCGAAAUGUAAUGACGUAACUAGUGUGUUGUUAUUAUUAAAAUUUAGAGUUAAGUAGGUGUCGCGCGCAAUAUGCUCGAGGAAUAUUCCAAUAGUAUGAAAGAUUCAGAACUCAAUAUAGAAUGAGAUAAGGAUGAUAUUUAAUUAUCCAUUGUAGAAAUGCAAUUGCAAGCAUGCGAGCAGCGUAUGUCGUUUGGUCUGCGCUGACCAGGCGCCAGCUCCACGAGCGAGUAGGUAUACCACCAUGCUGUCCUUAUAUGGUUGGGUAGAGCCUUGUCCAGAAGGCAAAAUUUGCUCGAACGUUGAAUCUAUAAAAGAGUUGCGAAAUGCCUCUUUAUUCUUUGCGGUUUCAGUGCACUGCCACAAGGAGUUUCGAGUCAGGUAAAAUAUCUGCGGAGCUCGAUGCAUAUUAUCGUGUAGUUUAGAUUAGGGUGAGGUUCCCAACCAGUCAAACUCUAUCGUGUCACACCGAACGGUUGGGAAUUUUUAUUUUUCCCAACGAGUCCAAGGGACAGUGUUUGUUACAACUUUUUUUUCAUCACGGUCUCAAACUAGAAACACCAGUGGGACAGUGACUCAAUGGGAAAAAAACCAUCGAGUGUGACUCGUUAGGAACACAUCACCACUAUAAGCAUAUAAGAUAAGCAGGUAAGUCGCCGAUGGACAAGGUGUUUUUGGUCUUCUUAGCGCCUACCCACUGAUUAUGGUAUAGCGUUCGCUGCAAUUGCUGAAUGUGUAUUUUUAGUUCUGAAAUUUGGUUAUAACAUCAUUACUGACAAAAUUUUCUGUUUGCAUUGAGCUUGAUGGUAUAGCUUUACUUGUUUGUCGAGGUGGCGCAUUGAUCGCUUCUAAUUUAAUAUAAUUAAACAAGUUGUGUUUAAAUUUUAAUAAAG